CUCGGCCAGAAAUCAGCUAUUUUCAUUAGGAGCUCCUUCCCAGUGCUCAGAUUUUUAGGGACCACACACAGGACAAGCAGCCCACAAGCCAGUAAGUACUAUCAUCGCAGGAAGGGGGCGCCUGCUUUCCAGGCGUGUGCCUGCGGUGAGAAGCUUCUUCACCGUUUCCCGUGUAGUCGGUAGCUCCACAGAAUUCCGCUUCUGAGAACCAGCCCGAAGCAUGCAGUGACAUUGCAUAACGCCUCUGAGGCGGAGGUAUUAGCUGUGGAGCUCAGAGGGCCGCCUCACAGCGACAUGAAAGGAGCCAGCGGCAUGGACGGGGUGCCCAAGGCACUCUUGGCCAAGGCACUUUAUGACAACUACCCUGACUGCUCUGAUGAGCUGGCUUUCUGCAAAGGAGACAUCGUGACCAUUCUGGAGCAAAAUGUGCCGGAAAGUGAGGGCUGGUGGAGGUGCUUACUCCAUGGGAGGCAAGGCCUGGCCCCUGCCAACCGCCUCCAAAUCCUCGAGGAGGGCCCCGCAGACAGGCCCUGUCUCCCUUUCUUGAGAGGCCUGGAAGAAGCGCUCACUGACUUGGAGGAGACCUACCAGGUGCCCACCCUGCUCGGCCCCCAGUCUCCAGGCCCCGUGUAUGAGCCAAUGAAGAGCUGGGUGGAGGGACCCCCGGCACCCACAGUCCAAGUCUACGAAUUCCCUGACCCACCUGCCAGAGCCAGAAUUGUCUGUGAAAAGAUGCUAAGCUUUCCAAAGCAGGCUGUCUUCCCGAUUCCCAGACCUGCUCAGGCCCCGUCGCCAGCUGUGUACGACGUGCCAGUCCAGGGCCGCGGCCGCCCAGCCCUGAAGGAGCCAGAGAAGCAGCAGUUAUAUGACAUACCUCCCAGCCCCAAAAGGGCGGGACGUGGUCUCCAGACCAGCCAGCCCAGUAGGCAGAGUGUUCCUGUGACAUCAACAGUCUCCUUAAGGAAAGCCUGCUACAAAACACUGCCAAACCCUCAGAAAUCAGAGUGGGUUUAUGACACUCCAGUGACUGCAGGAAAAGCUAAUGUGAAAAAUGUGUCUCUAAGGAGCUUCGUGGAAGAAUCGGGGCCCCACAUGUCCAGUUUCCACAGUCCUCCAAAUAGCAGAGCGAGGUCCCUCGCUCCACACCUGUGUGAAAACGUGCAGGUGCAGAAAAACCUCAGCCUUCCAGAAAUCCCUGCGUGCCACAUUCCAGCACCCAGGGGCACCACCCCUUCGGAUGGCAGUGUCAGCUACAAAGUUCCUUCCAGCUUUCUGAUUCCCCGCGUGGAACAGCAGAACACCACGCCAAACAUCUAUGAUAUCCCUAAAGCUGUGCCAAGUGCCCCUCGGGCCAGAAAAGAGCAGGGGAAAGUUGAUGGGGCUUCAGAGAAGGCCGCGGAGCCCCCCGGCACCUGGCUCUCCAGGCAGGCCACGUGGCCCUCUCCUGAGCCGGACAGGUUAUCUGUGAACAGUUCCGACAGCAGGGCCAGUGUCACUUCUUCCUGUUCCACCACGUCCACCGACUCUGUGUCUAGCUCCUCCUCCGAGGAGUCCUCGAAGGAGCUCUCCUUGGACCUGGACGUGGCCAAAAGGACGGUAACGGCUCUCCAGCACAAGGUGGCCAGCUCUGUCGCGGGCUUGAUGUCCUUCGUGAGCAGUAAGUGGAGGCUCAGAGACUCUCUGGAGGCCAACAUCGACUCGAUCCGCAGGGCCACCAACCACAUCGAAGGAUCCCUGAGAGAAUUUCUGGAUUUCGCCCAUGGGGUCUGUGGGGCAGCCUGUAGCCUCCCCAACAGCAACCUUCAGGCCAGAAUUAGGGAGCAGCUGCAGACCAUCUCCAACUCCUACCACAUCCUGCUGGAGACCAAGGAGGGCCUGGAUGGCUGCAACUGGUCCCUGGACGUCCUUGUGUCUGACAAAGUCCAGAACAACCUGGAUGACCUGGAAAGAUUUGUCUUGGUGGCGCGGAUGGUUCCAGAAGACAUCAAGAGGUUUGCCUCCAUGGUCAUUGCCAACGGGAGGCUCCUUUUCAAGCAGAAUUGUGAAGAGGAAGAGACCGUGCCCUUGACCCCAAACGCAGAAUUCAAGCUUGCAAAAUGCAUCCAGCUUCCCCGAAGGGAAAUGGAAUCCUACCAACGGAGUGCGCCUGGUACUAAACAGGGGGACAGCAGAUUCUGCCCUGACCUGCUCAGGAAAAACUGCACCAAUGUCUGUGAGAAGAAGUUGCCUAACCUGGAGGAGAAAGUGAAACCCAUCCUGGAACAAAGGCUGGACGGAAGCAAAGACUUAGAAACACAGGACCCCACCUCCCCCGCGGCCCGAGCGGGGUGUCGGCAGGAUCCCGAGACGAAGGUCCACCUUUCGGAGCACUGCCGGCUCUACUUCGGGGCGCUCUUCAAAGCCAUCGGUGCCUUUCACAGCAGCCUGGGCCACGGCCAGCGCCCCGAGAUCCUCGUUGUGCAGAGCAAGCUGGUCAUCAUGAUCGGGCAGAAGCUGGUGGACACGCUGUGCAAGGAGACCCAGGACAGAGACGUGCGCAACGAGAUCCUGUGUGGCAGCAGCCACCUCUGCAGCCUGCUCAAGAACCUGGCUCUGGCCACCAAGCACGCGGUGCUCAAGCACCCAAGCCCCGCAGCCCUGGGCCACCUCCAGGCCGAGGCCCAGAAGCUGGAGCAAUACACUCGGCAGUUCAGAGGGACGCUGGAGUGA